AUGUUCAAAGUAAGUAUCUUCGCUAUCGUCGCCUGUCUGGCCGUGGUUGCUUCCGCCCAGUACUACGGAGGAGAGCACGGUCUCAGUGGAUACGCUCAUCAUCAUGAGGAGCCCAAGGACUACUACGCAUACCCGAAGUACAAGUUCGAGUAUGGAGUGAAGGAUCCCCACACCGGUGACCACAAGAGCCAGUGGGAAGUGCGUGAUGGUGAUGUCGUCAAGGGACAGUACUCGCUGCACGAAGCCGACGGUACCGAGCGUGUGGUCGAGUACAAGUCCGACAAGCACAGCGGUUUCGAAGCCGUUGUCAAGAAGGUUGGCCAUGCCCAUCACCCGCAGGUGUACGGUGGACAUCACUACUAG